AUGACUUACUCAAAACUUCAGAGAAAGUGGACUUAUAUGAGGACCUUCUUUUUCCUCAUGGUGUGUAUGGGGCUUUCUUUAAUUUUUUGGGGAACAAACUUUAAUAGAAGUCUGCCCUCUAAUUUUCCUAUACUGGAGCAGUUCUCCUCUGACCUGCCUGCCUGUUUAGGUGUCAUCACUGGAGACACAAAGGGCAGAAUGGCUGAACUAGAAGCGCUUCUAGCAACCAGAAGUAAGAAAACGGCUCUAUCUGAGGAUUUCUACAUCAAUGCGACAAAGGACUGUGUAGCUUACACUGAGAAAAGAGGUUUCAUUACUGUACCUCUUAGUGAAGAGGAGGCAAAUUUUCCUAUUGCGUACUCCAUGGUGAUCCAUGAAAAGAUUGAGAUGUUUGAAAGACUCCUGCGGUCUAUCUAUGCUCCUCAGAACCUCUACUGUGUUCAUGUUGAUCAGAAAUCUUCUCUGGAUUUUCACAGGGCUGUGAGAGAAAUAGUUUCCUGCUUUCCCAAUGUUUUCAUAAGCAGUAAAUUAGAAAGAGUUGUGUAUGCUUCCUGGUCCAGAGUACAGGCAGAUCUGAAUUGCAUGAAAGAUCUCCUACGCUCCGAUAUCCAGUGGAAGUACCUGCUGAACACUUGUGGGACAGAUUUUCCAAUCAAAACCAACAGGGAGAUGGUGAGAGCUCUGAAAGCCCUCAAUGGGAGAAACAGCAUGGAAACCGAAGCCACCAACGACUACAAGAAAGGUCGCUGGCAGUACCACCACAAUGUCACCAACACGGUUGUCAGGACGGGCGUGAGGAAGAGCCCACCACCGAUCAGGAGCCCCAUGUUCUCAGGAAACGCCUACUUUAUUGUCUCAAGGGCCUUUGUGAAACACAUAAUGCAGAACAGAGAGGUGCAGAACUUCAUAGAGUGGGAGAAGGAUACGUACAGCCCGGAUGAGCAUAUGUGGGCUACCCUGCAGAGGAUGCCCCAUGUUCCUGGAUCAGCCCCCGCUAAUGGCAAAUACGACGUGUCGGACAUGCAGGCUCUCUCCAGGGCAGUCAAGUGGUCUUACCUAGAAGGAGACGUGAGCAAAGGAGCUCCCUACUACCCAUGCACAGGGGCCCACAGGAGAUCUGUCUGUGUGUAUGGAGCUGGAGACCUCCUGUGGCUCCUGAGACAGCAGCACCUCUUUGCAAAUAAGUUUGACCCAGAAGUUGACGAUAUUUCCAUCAGAUGUUUGGAGUCAGUUCUGCAUUUCAAAGCUUUGGGUCAUGACCCACUGGCCUCUCUGGUAAAUUCAAACCUGUUGUAGAACCAUAAAGGAAUGUAAUGCUUUUCUUUUUCCUUUGUUGAAAGGAAGCAGGAUAAGUUUGAGAGGCAUAUCAUUUAUUUUGCACAUCUAUCUCCUGGAUAAACUUUUUUCCCCCCUUUAUACAUAAACAGCUAGCUUACCAGCUGUGCAGAUAUCUUACUGCUUUACUGUCACAUUUUUGUCCUAUGAAAUGUUCAUCUUCCAUGAAGUCUACAUUUUGUGUUAUUACUGUGCAAGAAAUUAUAUUUAAAAAAAAUACUACAUAUCAAAUUAUUGCUGCAUUUUGCAGCAAUAAAUAUCAGCAUGGAUACCAUUUUUGUGGAUGUUUUCUCUGUUACAAGUUAGAUUUGAGGCAAAAAAUCAAAACAGGUGUGC